AUGUUAAGAGAAGCUAUUCUUUCAACUCUUCCCUGGGAAAGACGUCAACUAAAUGAAGAAGAUGGAUUUUUUAAAUUCAUGGUUACAGCUUCUUUAGCUUUGCUCAAUGUUUCAGAUAUGGAGCACUGUGGAAAGUUUUUGAAUUUAUUCAAUGAUUCAUUUCCUGAUGAAUUCCUCGAGGCAAUGUUCGAGUUUUUAGUGUUUACUGGAAAGCAAACUCAAGGUUCAAAGUGUGCGGAUCCAAAAUGGGCGGUUCUUCCUCUCCCAGUGACUUGGAAGGUGUUAUUUGUCAUGAUACUCAGCAUUUUAUUUGUUACAUCGUUGCUAGGUAACGGAACUAGUGCCUUUGUCGCUUGGUCCUUUAGGAAAACUAAGACAGUUUCAUGUUUCUUUAUUAUGUCUUUAGCCAUUAGUGACAUAUUGCAAACCGUGAUGGUGUUGCCAGCAGAAGUUGGCAACAUCGUAGCAGAUAUGCAAUGGGUGUAUGGCCCUUCAGCGUGCAAGACUAUUCCCAUUAUUCAAAACACUUCCUCCAUGGCUAAUGGUUUGACUUUGUGUUGUAUAGCAAUUGGCAGAUACGUUGCCAUCACGAAGGCUUUACAUUGGAAAUCGUUUGAAAGAAAAAAUCUAUCGGCAUUCAUUGUCGUCAUUAUUUGGGUAACAUCAUUAGCAUUAAGUAUUCCAGUGGCUUUCAUAUUUGCUUACCACAUUCCUAAGAAACAAAACAGUCAAACAUUUGACUUAAAUCGGUCGCCGAUUCAGAUGAAAGCUUUAGCAGAAACUGGACUUUCUCUGUCCUCUGAUGACCUUCCCGGGUACUGUACACAAACAGAAGAAUACCUGGAUGCAGACAGCAUCAAGUAUUAUGCCUUCAUUUUCCCAGCAAUCAUGUUCCUUCCGCUCUUCUUUAUUAUUAUGUUCUUAUACACAUAUCUUUCCUACUUUCUGUGGGUUAGGAAACCAGUAGGAGAUUUACAGUCCAUGUCUACUCAACAGUAUGGUAUCCAGCAGCUGAAGAAGAAACGUGUUGUUAAGAUUUUGAUUUCUCUCAUAGUUCUCUUCUUUCUCUGCAGAGCACCAACUAGCUUGUAUAAUCUGUGGCUAGGAACGAUUGUUCAAGAACCCAAAGUCUCGGAUUUGGUUGUACGUUAUACAUUUGUGGUCAUGAAACUUCUUAAUUGUACUCUCAAUCCUAUAUUUUAUUCUUUGCUCCACGACCGCCUCAAAACCCACCUGAAGAUGGUUUGUGAACAAAUUGUUUAUCUUUUUACCUGUGCACCUUGUAAGAAAUGCUGGGAAGUGAAAAGAAACGAUAAUGAAUCGAGUACAACUGACACAGUAUUGACCUCUUUUACUUGUCGCAGAAAUCCUCUUGCAACCAAACAAUUUUAA